UAUGGACUGUGAUCAAACCAAUACAGCAAAACAUGAAGAAGUUUCUUCAGAAGGAACUUUAUGAAGGAAUCAGGCUUAAUAAAGCUGCCAGGUUGCAGCCAAUCCUAUUUUUAGUGAGAAGAGCAGCUCUCUGAUUGAUAAUUACACUAUGCAGAUCAAUUGAUAGAUUUAUAUUCAUGGGUAUUUAUUCCUUCAUAAACCUGGUUCAUUGAUUGCUAAUAUGAUGCAUCAGGCCAUUUAAGAACACUUCUGAAAACAUCACAGAUGUAAUGAAUGAAGUGUUUCUAGUAUUUUUCAGCAUUUUCUUGGCCUUUCACCGCUUGGAGAGUGAUUGGGAUUCUACAAAAACAGCUGCUUUUUACUGGAUUUUGGUCAUGAACAACAUGCUAAAUGCUUUGUUGUCAAUAGGUAAGCUCUUCACUAAGGUUAAGGCAUUUUCAUAUACACCCUCUGUACUUACAAAAAGAAUCCAAAGAAGAGGAUCAAGAACAGAAUGAUAAAGAUCUCUCCAAAUAAGAUCAAGAACACACAGCUGAAUAUUUCAAAAUGCUUACCUAGACUGAAAAAGAACGCUGAUCUCCGUCGUUAUAAAUACAGGAACGAAUCUUUCCCCGAUGGAGGAAUGAACUCCUCUGUUAUAAAUCCCAGUGUUUGCCAUCUGAAUAAGGACAUGUAAAAUAUACAGAAAUCUUAAUCGAUGGGACAGAGCAUCUUGUACUUGCUACAUUCCUUCUGUAGAUUUA